AUGGCCGGCCUGUCCGAGGCCUCACAAGGUUCUGAAGACUCCAAAUUUGACAUUUUCGAGUGGUAUCCGCAGUACCAAAGCUGCCAGAGAUAUUUCAUCGACUGUGCCCAACAUAGCGUCCCAGUGCAGGCGCUCUCAGCCUUUCUCAAUAUCCAACUUCCAUUCCAGAAACAACCCUACCCAGUCUUUAAUUCAACAUCCCCUGCCGCAGGAGUAGCCACAUCAGCCGCGCCAUCAGGGCAACCGCCGGCCUCUUUACCUAGCGCGGCAUCGUCGGUCUCACUGAUCCCCUAUAUCAGACGCCUGGUUGCGACAGGGAUGGACUUCCCGGGAGUUUUGCAUGGAUUUUUCGGCGACGACUGGACGACCGGCGUAGGACCACUGCACGAGCACGAGCGUCGGAAUUAUCUCUUUGCUGCCAAGAGCGGCGGAUGGGCUGCGGUGAAGAAGGAUUACGAUAUGGGACCGUCGGAAACAGUGCCGUUCUUGCGGCCACUGCAAGGGCCCAUUGACACUGAGCUCGAGGGUGCCGAGCGAAGCUGGAGCGAGUGGUUGGCGAUGGAAGAUUGGAUGGUUGGGCCUCGAUAUCCGGAUACGCUGCAAGAUUCGUCAUCAACACAUUCUCGGCAACGCGUGUCGAGACCCUGA